CAUUUGAAGUUUGAGAGAGUAUUAGUGCAGGAAGGCGAGUAUCAGAGAUGUCGGAUUGGGGGCCAGUUUUCAUAGCAGUAGUGCUAUUCAUACUUUUGACUCCAGGAUUGCUGAUUCAGAUACCUGGGAAAAGCCGGUUUGUCGAGUUUGGCAAUUUUCAGACUAGUGGAGUUUCAAUUCUGGUUCAUUCCGUCAUCUACUUUACUCUCAUCUGUAUCUUCUUGUUGGCUAUAGGAGUCCACAUGUAUAAUCUUUUUAACUCUAAUACAGAAAUGGCGGACUGGGGUCCAGUACUGAUUGGGGUGGUGCUGUUUAUCCUGCUGCAACCGGGACUACUCUUCUCGUUGCCCGGAAACGGCAAGCAGGUGGAGUUUGGGAGCAUGAAGACCAAUGGCAAAGCCAUAGCUAUACACACACUCAUCUUUUUCGCGCUCUAUGCCAUUCUCAUCUUGGCCGUACACGUCCACAUCUACACCGGCUGAUGAUGAUCCGGUACUCUCGCGCAGCUUUGGAUCUGUGUCUUUGUGUCUCUUUAGCAUUAAUCUGAGCUUAUGUUGUUGUAACCCGUAUGAUUAGUUUUGAAAUGAAGUACAUAUAAAAGCACAGAUCUUUUCUUUUUGGAUUUGAA